AACAGCAGCAUAUUCAUACAGAGAGCACACAGGGACACACGAUGUGAUCUAAGGGAAGUGAUGAAAGGAAGCUGAAGGUGUCUGACACAGUCAGUCAGCAUCCAGACAGCAUGAAGGCUGCAGCUGCCUCUCUGCUCCUGCUCGGUGUGUGUGUGCUGCUGCUGUCUGCACCGACUGUUUCUGCAGGUCUGAUCCUGGAGAUCCCUCCAGAUCCUGUGCCAGCAGGAAGUGAUGUCACUAUGCGCUGCAAACAGAGUAAUGGUGACAUCAUCACAGCUAAUUUCUUCUUUAAUGAAAGUCUUGUUGGAAAUAAAAAUAAAUCAGAGUUCAUCAUCACAAACAUCCAGCAGUCUGAUGAAGGUCCCUACUCCUGUGCUACUGAUGUGUUUGGAGAAUCUCCUCAGAGAUUUCUGAGGGUCAGAGACUCCUCUGCUCCUCCCUCCUCCUCCUCCAUCCUCAUUCUGGUUGUAGCAGGUCUGGUUUCCAUGGUUCUUCUGGUUUUGGUGGUUUGGGGAGUUCUCUGGAGGAAACAGAAAGGAGCGCUCCACUCCUCCUCUCCUGUACAUGUGAACUGCAGUGACGUCACCAUCAGACAGAGAGACACUAGGAGAGCUAAAAGUCCUGAUGAUCCAGAUGUUAUCUACUCUGAUGUGAGGACUCGCACUUCAGGCCCUGAUGAUGUUGUUUACCGUGAGGUGAUCUUCAGAAGGUAGAGGAAAGCUGGUGAGACAACAGAGCAGUCAGCUGAUCCAGGUGUUGUGCAUUGAUUGACAGCAGGAAGCUGAGGACACACUCGGUCUGAUGGACGACUUUCAUCCUUCACUCUGCUCCUCUUCUUCUCUUUGUGUCUCCUGAAGCUCAGUUAUUUGAUUGUUUAUCAUGAACAAUAAUUCAGUUACACACAGACAGUCAGUGACGGCUCCUCUCCUCAGCUUUCCUGCUGCCAUCAGAUGCUUGUUGUUGGAAAUCUCACUCCUCAUGCACUGGUAUGAUCAGCACUUGGUGACAGUAGGCAGGAAGAACUCCCUUUAACCUGAAGAAUGUUUUACUUUUAACAUCUUUCUGUAUGAUUGUCAGUGUUUUAUGUUACUGCAUGAUUGCUUUUCUUUAAUCUUUAAAGUCUCAUGUAUUGAAUAAAA